GCAAUCAAAGUACCACAAAAACCCAAACCUUGUUACCUGUAAACAUUUUCAACUUCGAAAGAAACACAUUCUUCACCUUUCUCAGUAGAGUACACUGUCACUUGCAGAGGCUGCAAGCAUUGAGAACAAACCAAAACAAUGGAUUCUAUGAAGUCCUUCAAAGGAUAUGGCAAAGUUGAUGAAAUGGAGCAACAAGCCUUUCAGAAAAAGACACGUAAGCGCAUGAUCAUCAUGAUCAUCUCUUCCGUGAUUCUAGUAGCGGUGAUCAUCGCCGCGGUUGUAGGAUUCGUGGUGCACAAGCGCAGCACCUCAUCACAACCCAACUCGGUCUCACCCACUGAGUCAACCCCGGCCGCGCAACUCAAAGCGGUUUGCAUGGUGACUCAGUACCCCAACUCGUGCUUCUCCGCAAUCUCCUCCUUACCGGAUUCCAACACCACCGAUGCCAAAACCCUCUUCAAGCUCUCCCUCCGUGCCGCGAUCGAUGAGCUGUCGAAACUCACGCGCGUGACUCCCAAACUCCACGCCGUUAACGACACGCGCCUCCGGAAGGCAAUCGCCGUCUGCGCCGAUGUCCUUAACGACUCGCUGGGUAGUCUCAACGACUCGAUCUCCUCCCUCGACGGCGAGAUCCCAUCUCCGGCGAAGGUCGCCGACUUAGAGACAUGGCUCAGCGCCGCCCUUACGGACCACGACACGUGCUUGGACGCCAUUGGUGAAUUGAACUCCACCGCCGCGCGUGGAGUUCUUCUGGAGAUGGGGACCGCCAUGAGAAACUCGACGGAGUUUGCCAGUAACAGCUUGGCGAUCGUGACGAAGAUCUUACGGCUGGCCGCGAAGUUCCAACGGCGGAGGCUGCUCGGGGAGUUCCCGGAGUGGGUGGGUGCGGCGGAGCGGAGGCUGCUGGCGGCCGGGAAUGAGACGGUGCCUGAUGCGGUGGUGGCGAAGGACGGGACUGGACAGUUCAGGACGAUUGCGGAGGCGCUGAAGGGGGUGGCGAAGAAGAGUGAGAAGAGGUUUGUGGUGUAUGUGAAGAAAGGAGAGUAUGUUGAGAACAUUGAUUUGGAUAAGAACACUUGGAAUGUGAUGAUCUACGGCGAUGGCAUGACGGAGACCAUUAUCUCCGGUGGCCGGAACUUCAUCGACGGCACGCCCACUUUUGAAACCGCCACUUUUGCUGCUAAGGGCAAGGGAUUCAUUGCCAAAGACAUUAAGUUUGUGAACACCGCAGGUGCAGCUAAGCACCAGGCUGUAGCAAUGAGAUCAGGCUCAGAUCGUUCAGUGUUCUACAGAUGCUCGUUUGACGGCUUCCAAGACACCCUCUACGCACAUUCCAACCGCCAAUUCUACCGCGAAUGUGACAUCACUGGCACCAUAGACUUCAUAUUCGGCAAUGCAGCUUCAAUUUUCCAAAACUGCAAGAUCAUGCCUAGGCAGCCUAUGCCAAACCAGUUCAACACCAUCACAGCUCAGGGCAAGAAGGAUCCAAACCAGAACACUGGUAUUGUGAUUCAGAAAUCAACCAUCACCCCCUUAGAAAGCACUUACACAGCACCAACUUACCUUGGCAGGCCUUGGAAAGAUUUCUCCACCACUUUGAUCAUGCAAUCUGAGAUUGGAUCAUUCUUGAAGCCAGUUGGGUGGGUGAGUUGGGUGGCAAAUGUGGAUCCUCCAGCUACCAUAUUCUAUGCUGAGCACCAGAAUUCUGGGCCUGGUUCAGAUGUGGCCCAGAGGGUUAAAUGGACCGGUUAUAAGUCCACACUUACUGCUGAUGACUUGGGGAAGUUCACUUUGGCAUCGUUUAUUCAAGGCCCUGAGUGGUUACCAGACACUGCCGCGGCGUUUGAUUCUACCUAGUGAUUUUCUACAUACAUAUUCAUACCAGCUACUGAUCAUAAUUUUCUUUUGUUUUAUUUUUUUAUGGUAGAUUUCUUUUGUCUAAUCACACUGUUAUUAGUUAUUACACGCAUUUUUUUAACCUCCUUUUAAA